UAGAAUAUAAGAAGUAUAAAGUUGGGUAAACUUGAAAACAUGUUUAACCCCGUAUACACCUCUUUGAUAUUUUAGUUAUUUCAUUUAAAAAGUCGAAGCACCAUCCAAAUAUUCAGAAUCAUUUGAUGUAUUGUACGGUGGAAAGGCAUCAGCCGAUUUAUAAAAUUUACAAGUGAAAAAGUUUUAAUGAAGAUAAUACUAUUCCUAACUAUUAGUUCUGUUAUUGUUCAAACAGGAUAUUGUGCAGCGCCUGUUAUACAUGGUUUACCGACAUCUGUAAACGUCGGAGAGUUGGAAUACAAAGGAAGAUUGAUAUAUGAGUUAACAGUCUCAGAUAUCAAUGGAGAUUCAUUCGUGUGCCGAAAGCAUUCGGUGUCGCCAUCACCAAAUAAUACAAAUGUUGACUUCAGAGUCUUGAUAGACUCUGCAAAUGGAAAGUACGGAGUGUACCUGAUAAAUCAAAAUGAAGGCACCUCAACUAAUCCUAAUGUGAUGUUUAAUUUCGACAUUGAAACGACAUUUGAUGUCUUUAUCGUUUGUACUGACGCCAGAAAUACUGUAACGAACCCAAUUCCAUACUUAAGAGUUGACAUCAUUGAUAAUGACAAAGUAGAGUUUACCAAUUUACCAGAUACGGUAUCAAAAGAUGCCACUGCCACAUUACAAAAUGAUAUAGUAUAUACAGUACAAGCGCAAAAUGAACUGACGACCAACGACAAUGGGUUGUCGUUCAGCAUUACAACAGUACCAGCAUCUUCAAGUUUUGAAAUUGAUGGAAAUGGAAAUAUUCUUGCAGCACGGAAUUUAGUUCUAGAGAACACUACACCUAUUACUAUUUAUGUAACAGUUACAGACGGUGUUAUAUGGGUUAAAGAAACAUUAAGAGUUGAUCUAACAAAUAUGAAUAACAUUCCAGAAAUAACCAACUUGAAAAAUUCUCCUUCAGUUCAUAUGUCAGAACUGUUAGCUAGCAACUCACUCAUUUAUUCCUUGACCGGAAGUGACGGCGAUGCCUCUGAUACAUUAACCUACUCUAUGAAUAUUGACCCCGUUACUGACACUGCUCUGUUUGAGCUUGAUACUGGAGUCAGUCCCUUGCAACUGAGAUUAGCACCUGGCAAAAUGUUUGAUUACGAAAAAACACAGUAUUACAACAUUACUUUUACUGUGACAGAUUCCAAAGCCACUGGAGGACCAUUCGUUUUGAAUGUUCAUGUCCUUAAUGAAAAUGAACCAUGCUACUUUGACAAAUCUACGUAUUCUCUUUCAACGUACGAAGGUGCUGCUAAUUCGAUAAGCUUGAACCCAGGAUUCAUUAUAAGAGAUGGUGAUGGAGCGAAUCAAGCAUAUUCUUUGUCAUUUUUAAACGGAAACGGAAGUGAACGUUUUACAAUGGAAGCCAGUUCUGGACUCAUUAGUUAUGCGACAGAUUACGACAUUGACAACAAUGCAAUGCCUUCCACAGUUUAUUUGAAUGUUAAAUGUCAGGAUGCAACCGGCGAAACUGGAAACGCCUCAGUCAUUAUCUAUAUACAUGAUAUCAACGAUAAUUCCCCUGAAUUUGGCAGUCGUGAUUAUUCUUUUUUUGCUGAUCAGUUUACUGGGAUCGGAUCUCUACUUGGAACGACAACUGCAACAGAUAUUGAUAGUGGCACAAAUGCCCAGUUUACCUGUAGUUACGGCAGUACCCAGAAUGCCAUUGCAAACACAUAUUUCACUGUCGGAUCAGAUUGCAGUGUAUUCUUCUCUUCAAGAGCUAGUUUAGCGUAUGAUACAUUGAUUAGAUUUACCAUUUUGGCAAUAGACAAAGGAUCCCCUGCCAAAACUGGCACUGCUUUUAUAAACGCAAUAUACCGUGAAGCAUCAACGACAACUAUAUCAACCUCAACAACUACAACAUCAACUACCUCCACAACAACGACAACGGCUGCACCUAGUACUGGAUUAGAAGAUGGAAGUAUAGCAGCUAUUGUUAUUGGUUCUCUUGUCGGUGCUGUCUUAUUAGGACUCUUUCUUUAUAUGCUAUUUCGUUGGUGUUAUACUGGUUUCUGUUGUGGACCAGAUCCGUGCGAUUUCGCACGUUGCUGUCAAAGAGGCGAUUAUUCGAAUUACCAAAGACGUCAAAUUACUCCCAUCAGAUCAAGACAGCGUAUUGAAGAUAGACGGCGUGACAGUUAUGAAUUAGAUUCUGACUACGGCUCUCUCAAGAAUCAAGAUAUGCGACAUUCACGAUUUUCGAGGCCGGAAAGAAAUUAUCCCGACUUCCCACAAGUUGGUGAACCCCAAUUCCCACGCCUCUCCCCUUCCGAUGCGCGAGUGGAGAUGAUUAGUCCCAAGUAUGCAAGAGGACUUCCUGCAAUACGAUACUAGUCCGGAACAGGCUUCAGAUUCUGAUAAUAAUUACAGUAUUUGAGCAUGCAAACAUGUGCAUUAUCACAAGAGGAGAAUGUUUCUGAAAUGUGAUGGAAACAUUUAAAUAUAAUAAUU